GAAGCUGGUCCCAGCUGGCCUUGCGGCAUGACUCAGCUUUUCUCUGUGAUGUGUCGCGGAGUCGCCGAUAGGGUUCGGUGUGGCGAGGGGGACCUGCUUCUCUCUUUGUGAGACAAGGGAGUGAGGGAGGAAGGAGGCCAAGGAGGAGGCCAGGACUGAGCAAGGACUAAAGUAAGACUGAAAGGGGAGGUGAGGGGUGGACUGGUUGUCGGCAGCAGCCGGUACCGGAAGCGGCGGCGGCAGCCGAGGCAACGCACCGUGAGGCAGCUGCUUGACUAGGCCGCAGCCGCCAUGGCGAUGAACUUUGGGGACCAUGCCAGCGGGUUCCGCCAUGAUGAUGUGAUCAGGUUCAUCAACAAUGAAGUCCUCAGGAACGGCGGCAGCCCAGCCUUUUACACGGCCUUCCGCUCGCGGCCGUGGAACGAGGUAGAGGACCGGCUUCAGGCCAUUGUGGCCGACCCGCGGGUGCCCCGUGCCAUUAAGAGGGCCUGUACCUGGAGCGCUUUGGCUCUGAGUGUGCGAGUGGCCGCGAGGCAGCGGGAGGAGCUGCUGUACCAGGUUUGGCGGCUGCAAGGGCAUGUGGAGGAGUGCCAGGCGACCUCCUGGGCUCUAACUUCCCAGCUGCAGCAGCUGUGCCUGGAGCAUGAGGAGGUGGCAACACAGCUGCACCUCACGCAGGCUGCCCUGCAGCAGGUGCUGAAUGAGCGUGAUAGGUUAUGCGGGAGGCUGCUAGAAGUUGAGAGAUCCAUGCAGGUCUAUCCGAUGCCUCAGGAUUUUGUACCCGGUCCAGAAGCCGGCCAGUAUGGGCCUGUGGCCGGGACUUUAAAUGCAGAACAGAGUGAGGCGGUGGCCACAGAGGCACAGGGAACGCCACAUUCGGAAGCCCAGGUAGCAGCCCCAACAGCUGUGUAUUACAUGCCUGAACCCCAGAGUGGCAGGGUCCAGGGCAUGCAACCUCUUCUGCUAAUGCAGGCACCUCAUCCAGUCCCAUUCUAUAUGCCUUCACCAAUGGGACUGCCAUACUCAACACCUCUACCACCCCCAGUAGUAAUGGAAUCAGCAGCAGCAAUUGCACCACAGAUGCCUCCUGCAGGGAUCUAUCCACCUGGUCUUUGGGCCACAGUGGGGUCCCAGGAGGAGACGGCCCCUCCGUGGGACCAGAAGUGCCAUGGCCAGGAUGGAUAUCCUGAGAAUUUCCAGGGAGUGUAUCACCCAGGAGAUAACAGAAGCUGCAACCAAAAGGAAGGUUCUGAGUGUCCCCAAGGAAUGACCUCCCAAGGGGACAGCAGCAGCCACAGCCUGAAGAAAGAUCCAGUGAUGCAAGAGGGCACAGCUCCCCCAGAGUUUAGCAGGAGCCACAGCCUGGAGAAAAAACCAGUGAUGCCCAAGGAGAUGGUCCCCCUAGGGGACAGCAACAGCCACAGCCUGAAGAAAGAUCCAGUUGUGCCCAAGGAGAUGAUCCCCCCGGGGGACAGCAGCAGCCACAGCAUGAAGAAAGAUCCAGUGAUGCCCAAGGAGAUUGUCCCCAUAGAGGACAGCAACAGCCACAGCCUGACGAAAAAUCCAGUUGUGCACAAGGAGAUGGUCUCCCUGGGGGACAGCAACAGCCACAGCAUGAAGAAAGAUCCAGUGAUGCCCCAGAAGAUGGUCCCCCUGGGGGAGAGCAACAGCCACAGUCUGAAGAAAGAUCCAAUGAUGUGCCAGGAGAUGGUCCCCCUAGGGGACAGCAACAGCCAUAGCCUGAAGAAAGAUCCAGUGGUGGCCCAGGGCACAGCUCCCCUGAUGUAUAGCAGGAGGCACAGCCAGAAGAAAGUGCAAAUGAUGCCCAAGGAGAUGGUCCCCCUGGGGGAAAGCCACAGCCACAGCCUGAAGAAAGAUCCAGUUGUGCCCAAGGAGCUGGUCCCCCUGGGGGACAGCAAGAGUCACAGGAUGAAGAAAGAUCCAGUGAUGCCCCAGAACAUGGUCCCCCUGGAGGACAGCAACAGCCAUAGCCUGAAGAAAGAUCCAGUGGUGCCCCAGGGCACAGCUCCCCUGACGUUUAGCAGGAGACACAGCCUGAAGAAAGUGCCAGUGGUGCCCCAGGGGACAGCCUCCCUGGGGUUCAGCAGGAUCCACAGCCUGAAGAAAGAGUUAGUGAUGCCCGAGGAGAUGGUCCCCCUGGGGGACAGCAACAGCCACAGCAUGAAGAAAGAUCUAGUGAUGCCCAAGGAGAUGGUCCCCCUAGGGGACAGCAACAGUGACAGCCUGAAGAAAGAUCCAGUGGUGCACCAGGAGAUGGUCUCCUUGGGGGACAGCAACAGCCACAGCCUGAAGAAACAUCCAGUGAUUCCCCAGGGCACAGCCUCACUGAGGUUUAGCAAGAGCCACAGCCAGAAGGAAGAUCAGGAGAGGCCCCAGGCAACCCCUCUGGAGGAUAGCAAGAGCCAUGGUGUGAAAAAUAGCCCAUGGAAACACCAGCCUCAGGGGCAGAAGGUCAAGGAACAAAAAAGGAAAAAGGCCUCAGAAUCCCAGCAACAGAAGCCUGCCUCAUGCUCCAUCCCAGUGAAUUGGGCCUGCCCAUGGUGUAAUGCCAUGAAUUUUCCACAGAACAAGGUGUGCUAUAAAUGCAAGAGAGUCCGUAUGCCAGUUGAGAAUGGCAGCGUUGACCCAGCGUAAACUCAUUGAUUUCAGGAAGUUUUACAGGUGAAGUCCUGUUUUUGUGUCUUAGCUCCACCAAACUUGCUUGUUUCUGAAGAAGCUGAACCUGUGACAUUAGAAGAUCUGCCAAAGCCACAAGAAGUAACACCUCACUGAUGGACCCACACCUCACUGAGACCCCAACUGGCUGCAGUCAAGAAGAGUGAAAGGAAGUCAGGGAAGAAGAGAUCAUUUGACACUCAUUAGGGGGAAAAGGGAGAACAAAAUUGUUUUUGUAGAGUUGAAUUUUUUCAUUGGUGUGGGAAUUAACUUAGAAAAGUUUGGGGAGUUGUAGUGUUAAAUUCUAUAGAUGGUAGCAACUUUAAUUAAUUUCAUUUAAUUCAUUAAAGAAAUAGUUAUUGCCUAGUAUGUUUUGGGAGAUAGACUUGUAUGUUAUUAUCUAGUACACACAGCAUAAUCUUUUAUUGUGAAUUUGGUUAGAAGAUAGGAAAGAGCAUAAUUUGGCAUACACAUUAGAUCAGGGAUGUAUUCUUUGCCUUGCAUAUAGCGUGACCUUGGAUAAAACCAAUUGAAGUAACAUCCAGAUCCAUUUCUGUGGUUCUGGGGCCAAUGCGAAAGAGACUUUCAUGAAAGGUUUUUUGUUUUGUUUUUGUUUUUUAUUUUUUGGAGAAAUGAGGUCUCAUUUUGUCGCCCAGGCUGGAGUGCAGUGGCAUGAUCAUCAUAGCUCACUGCAGCCUCAAACUCCUGGGCUCAAGUGAUCCUCUGCCUCAGCCUCCCGAGUGGCUGUGAGCCACCAUGCCCAGCCCUUAUGAAAGGUCUUGAGUAACCAAACUGCUUGUCUCAUUGGUCUCAGGUGAGAUAAAUGAGCAGUGACAAAGUUUGGGAAAGUGUCCUCACAAAAAUGCAGGCAGAGCUUUUCUGAAUUCCUCUGCUGAUUUCCUCCUUUGAGAAGGAUAGCUAUUUUCCUGGUUGCCCACCAGCCUGCCUGAAAGACCUGGGGUGUCUUGAAGAAAAACAGUGCUUUGGGGAGUGUUCACUACACACGCUAGCUUUCAGCCUCAGGCUGCCCCCAUCCCAAGUCCCUUUUCAGUCAGCAGUGGAUGAAGAACAAAAUGGAUUCCAAGGACAAACAUUGGGGGCACCAGGUUAUGGAUGGUGUUUCUCUUGGGAGGAUAAAUUGGGUUAAAAAUAGAGCUAGACUGGGGCAAGCACUCUUGGGAAUACCCCAGGACCCCCACCUCUCCCUCUUUGGUGUGUUCUCUGCAGGCUUACCCAAGGCAACUGCUGCAAGGCAAGGAAGGAGCCAGGGUGGAGCCCAGGGGUGGUUGGUUAGAUCUGCCUUCAAUCCAAGCUAAAGAUGUCCUUGAGUUUCCCAAUGAGAUCCCACCCAGCUCACCAAAAUCAAUGUUUGUCAGGGAUUUUCUGGGCCUAACUAGUAAUAAAGAAUGUGCAUUUG